AUGAAUGGGAAUAAUUCAAUAUUUCAGGAAUUUAUCAUACUUGCAGUAUCAGACAUACCACACCUUAAAGUUCUUUUAUUUUGCAUUCUCCUUUGUAUCUAUGUGUUGACUGUAACUGGAAAUACUACUAUUAUUAUGGUGUCACAAAUGGACAGGCAUCUUCACAAACCAAUGUAUUUUUUCUUGUCAAAUCUCUCUCUUUUGGACAUCUGUAACACUACAACUACAAUGCCCAAAAUGCUGCAAGUUCUUUUCUUGGAGAGGAAAUCAGUCUCGUACAUUGGCUGCUUAACACAAAUGUACUUCUUCUUGGCUUUUGUGGGCACAGAGUGCAUUUUACUCGGGAUAAUGUCCUAUGACCGAUUUCUAGCCAUAUGUAGCCCUCUUAAAUAUUAUAUUAUUAUGGACCGUAAACUUUGCUUCUACCUUGCAGGUUUCUCUUGGCUCAGUGGGCUAGUGAAUUCGGUCGUUCAUACUGUUUUCACUUUCCGCUUAGACUUCUGUAAUUCAAACAAAAUAAAUUACUUUUAUUGUGACAUCCCUCCCCUGCUCUCUCUUUCCUGUGAAGAUACUUCUGUUAAUCAAGUUUUGUUACUGUCAAUUGGAGUAUUCAUAGGCUGGACACCAUUUUUUUUCAUCACUGUAUCUUACAUAUACAUCAUUGUUACAGUUAUGAAAAUUAGAUCCACCGAAGGCCAGAAGAAAGCCUUUUCUACUUGCGCCUCCCACCUUACAGUGGUUGUUCUUUACUUUGGUAGUGCUAUUUUUAACUAUGUGAGACCAAUUUCUUCAUAUUCUUUGGGCAAGGACCGAAUAAUCUCAGUAAUGUAUAGUGUUGUGACACCAAUGUUGAACCCCUUGAUAUACACUUUUAAAAACCAAGAAGUUAAAAAGGCCAUGGAAAGACAAUUUUUUCCCCGACACUAUUUACAAAAUUAA